CUCAUGCUAUUUAGCACAAAGGUGUGCAAGGUGCCCUGUGGACCCAAUGUCAACAUAAAAGUGCCACUGGAUCGACACAACACACCGUGUCUUCUGCGUGUCAUCUAAUCAAGCUUCACCAUCAAGCUAAACCACUGUAACCAUGACCAGGAUCAUCUUCUACGAGGACAGGAACUUCCAGGGUCGCAGCUAUGAGACCAGCAGCGACUGCCCCGACCUCAACAUGUACCUAAACCGCUGCCAGUCGGUCAGGGUGGAAAUGGGCUGCUUCGUCAUCUAUGACCGCUCCAACUUCAUGGGCAACCAGAUGUUCCUGAAGAGGGGAGAGUACUCCGACUUCCAGCGUAUGGGCUCCAUGAUGGGCAUGGGGGAUAUGACCAUGCUGGAGUCCAUCCGUUCCUGCCGCAUGAUCCCAAUGCACCGGGGACAGUUCAGAAUGAGGCUGUACGAGAGGGAGAGCUUCAGAGGCCAGAUGCAUGAGCUGAUGGAAGACUGCGAGUCCAUCCAGGAGCGCUUCCGCAUGUCCGAGAUGCAGUCCUGCAACGUGAUGGAUGGCCACUGGCUCAUGUACGAGCAGCCCCAUUUCAGAGGCAGGAUGAUGUAUGUGAGGCCUGGAGAGUACAGGAGUAUCAGAGACAUGGGCAUGAGCACCAUGAUGAGAGUUCACUCCAUCAGAAGGAUCAUGGAUGCCUGUGAGGGUCAGCGGCAUUGAUGCCUGAGAUUCCUGCUGUCCUGACAUCGAAAAAGGCUGCUAAAAGUCACAAUUCUCAUUGAAUGAAAUAAAACUCUUAUUUUGAA